UCUCUGGGCUGUUUACUCUCCUGGGGAAGGGGGUGUGUGGCGGAGGAAGGAAGAUGUUUGUUUAUAGAUCGGCUCCGGUUUCUUCCCGCGUUAGGACCGCGUAGACAGUGCCCGAUCGCCAGAGGGCUGCAGUUUGAGGCACCCGCGCAAGGAGGCGACGGCCUAGCUUCUCCUAGGGUUCCUGUUUGGUGUUGGACACAUUCUCAGUUCAUCGACUACUGAGCUUCACUGGGACACUGGAGCAGCCCUCCUGGCCCCCAACCCCAGGACGUCGUCUUUGGUGUGAAGACUUCCAUACUCAUCUUGCUGCUGAAGGCAAAAUACUACAUUUCUUCGGCGCAAAAGUGGCCUGAAAGAGUUGCCCGGCAUUCCUGUUCUUCCCAAAGCGGCUCGGAGCCACCCCAAGGGCCGCGGGACUGAAAGCAAACGUCGGGGAUUAUUAUGUCGAUUUCCCGAGAACCGGGGUUCGCAGCGCGGAACCGAAGGAAAGGCUAGCUCCUCGGAGGGCCCGCCGGCACUUGAUACCCAGCGACGCCUAGGAUUGCCCAGAUCGCCUGCGGUGGAUCAGCAACUUUCCUCUACUCGCAUCCCAUAUUUUUAAAGAAAAAAUUUUCUGUUCGCCGCGUUGGUCUUUUACUGCCAUCAAAACACUGAAGCAAAGACUUCAGGCUCGUCAAAGUAUGCUUUAUAUUUUUGCCAAAUGUGAUCUCUAAUUGAAAGUUUAUUUUUGGUUUUGGAUGAAUCUGUGGAACUUAUAUUAUAAGAAGAAAGGGGGAACGAGACACGAUGAAAGAGAAGUCCAAAAAUGCUGCCCGGACUAGGAGGGAGAAGGAAAACAGUGAAUUUUAUGAACUGGCUAAAUUACUGCCUUUGCCCUCGGCUAUCACCUCGCAGCUGGACAAAGCAUCCAUAAUCAGGCUCACCACCAGCUAUCUCAAGAUGAGAGUAGUGUUCCCAGAAGGGCUCGGCGAAGCGUGGGGCCACUCGAGCAGGACCAGUCCCCUGGACAACGUAGGCCGCGAACUGGGCUCCCACUUGCUCCAGACCUUGGAUGGCUUCAUCUUUGUGGUGGCCCCAGAUGGGAAGAUCAUGUACAUCUCGGAGACAGCCUCAGUCCACCUGGGUCUUUCUCAGGUAGAGCUGACCGGGAACAGCAUUUACGAAUACAUCCACCCUGCGGACCACGACGAGAUGACGGCGGUGCUCACGGCUCACCAGCCGUACCACUCUCACUUCGUCCAGGAGUACGAGAUCGAGCGCUCCUUCUUCCUGAGGAUGAAGUGCGUCUUGGCCAAGAGGAACGCGGGCCUCACCUGCGGCGGCUACAAGGUCAUUCACUGCAGCGGAUACCUGAAGAUCCGCCAGUACAGCCUGGACAUGUCCCCCUUCGACGGCUGCUACCAGAACGUGGGCCUGGUGGCCGUGGGCCACUCGCUGCCUCCCAGCGCCGUCACGGAGAUCAAGCUGCACAGCAACAUGUUCAUGUUCCGCGCCAGCCUGGACAUGAAGCUCAUCUUCCUGGACUCCAGAGUGGCGGAGCUGACGGGGUACGAGCCUCAGGACCUGAUUGAGAAGACCCUGUACCACCACGUGCACGGCUGCGACACCUUCCACCUGCGCUGCGCCCACCACCUGCUGCUGGUAAAGGGGCAGGUGACCACCAAAUACUACCGGUUCCUGGCGAAGCACGGCGGCUGGGUGUGGGUGCAGAGCUAUGCGACCAUCGUGCACAACAGCCGCUCGUCCAGGCCGCACUGUAUCGUCAGCGUCAACUAUGUCCUCACAGACACGGAAUACAAAGGGCUGCAGCUCUCCCUGGAUCAGAUCUCAGCCUCCAAACCAGCCUUCUCCUAUGCAGGCAGCUCCACUCCUGCCAUGACUGACAGCAGAAAGGGGGCCAAGUCCAGGCUUUCCAGCUCAAAGUCUAAGUCCAGGACUUCCCCAUACCCUCAGUACUCGGGAUUUCCCGCGGAAAGAUCUGAAUCUGAUCACGACAGCCAGUGGGGCGGCAGUCCGCUGACAGACGCGGCCUCCCCGCAGCUGCUGGACCCCGCGGACCGGCCGGGCUCUCAGCACGACGCGUCGUGCGCCUACAGGCAGUUCUCGGAACGCGGCUCUCUCUGCUACGGCUUCGCGCUCGACCCCUCCAGGCUGGUGGAGGAGAGGCAUUUCCACACCCAGGCCUGCGAGGGCGGCCGGUGUGAGGCAGGCAGGUACUUCCUGGGAGCGCCGCAGGCGGGGAGGGAGCCCUGGUGGGGCUCUCGCGCAGCCUUGCCCCUGACCAAGGCCUCCCCGGAAAGCAGAGGAGCCUAUGAGAGCAGCAUGCCUCACAUCGCCUCGGUCCACAGGAUCCACGGGCGAGGUCAUUGGGAUGAAGAUAGUGUGGUCAGUUCUCCAGACCCUGGGUCUGCCAGCGAAUCAGGUGACCGAUAUCGCACUGAGCAGUAUCAAAGUAGCCCACAUGAACCUAGCAAAAUCGAAACUCUGAUCAGAGCCACCCAGCAAAUGAUUAAAGAAGAAGAGAACAGGUUGCAGCUGAGGAAAGCCCCCCCAGACCAACUGGCUUCCAUUAAUGGAGCUGGGAAAAAACACUCCCUCUGUUUUGCAAACUACCAGCAGCCCCCAACGACAGGCGAAGUCUGCCACAGCUCUGCUCUUGCCAACACUUCACCAUGUGACCACAUCCAGCAGAGAGAGGGAAAGAUGCUGAGUCCCCGCGAAAAUGACUACGACAACAGUCCCACAGCACUGUCGCGGAUAAGUAGUCCUAAUUCGGAUCGCAUUUCCAAAUCCAGUUUGAUCCUAGCUAAAGACUAUCUACAUUCGGAUAUGUCUCCUCAUCAGACGGCAGGAGACCAUCCUGCCAUCUCUCCAAACUGCUUUGGCUCUCACCGGCAGUAUUUUGAUAAGCAUGCUUACACAUUAACUGGAUACGCCCUGGAGCACUUAUAUGAUAGCGAAACCAUUAGAAACUAUUCCUUGGGCUGUAAUGGCUCGCACUUUGAUGUAACUUCCCAUCUAAGGAUGCAGCCGGAUCCAGCACAAGGACACAAGGGAACAUCUGUUAUAAUAACCAAUGGAAGCUGAUGUUUUUUCUAAAAUAUUUUGUUCUUUAAGGAUCUCUGAAACAUAUUUAUCAUUUAAUGCCCCAUUACCAACAUUUACAAUGCCACAGAUUGUUUAGAGUGGAUAAUUUAAGUUACUGGGUAUUUGACAUGUGUUCUUGUGAAAUCAAAGAUAACAGCACUGGCAUUCAGGGUUAUACACAGAUAAUGGAGCUAAAGUGAAUACACAAAUUGCCCCUCUAUUUAUAUGGGAACCAGAAUAGAUAAAUUUUGAAUUGAAAAAUACUUGUGUAGAUUACAUGAGCAUAUAUAUCACAUGAAAGGGCCGAUGGAUGACAACAAUCAUUAUGAUGAUACAGUGAACUUCAUACAGACCACUAUCCACAAACUGCUAUAUAUACUUUACAUAUGGAAAUAUAGACUAUAUACCAUAAAUAUACCCCAAAUGAGUAAGUUUCCUUAACCCUAGCACAUUAAGCAUCUUAAAGAAAUUUCCAUUCCCAAAAUAACUAAGAAAGAGAUAUAUCUUGUAAACUGGUUUCUUCUUUGUGGUUUCAACCAUCCAGCUCAUUUGGUUCAGGCAUAAAUUAGGGAAAUGGUUCUGGAUAUGAUACAAGAAUGAGUUUUCACAUGGCAUCCAUUAUAAGAAAUCAGGAAGUGGUGAUUUUUCACCUUACUUUUGAGUUAGACAAAGAACAGGAUCACACUGACAUAGCAGUAAGGGUUUUUCUAAGUAAAAACACUGGGAUAUUGGGACACACAUCAAAAGCCUGGUGUGCCCAACUGGAAAUAGAUUAGUAGAGAUGGAAAGGCCAGAGGCAGAGAAAAAUGAAAUGAUAUCUCAAAACAAAUAAUUUCAGGGUCAGCAUAUGUAAUCAACAUACUUGGGGCUUGUAAAACUAACCAAAUAAAAAUUCAAACUAAUUCACCAGGAAAAAAAGGCUGAUAAGUGCAAAAAAAAAAACCACACACAAAAAAAAAAAACUAAGGGAAACCAGUGAAGUGCUACAUGACAGCAGUGUAAGUGUUUGAACACAUUUCAAAGCACAGAUGUGCAAAUGUGGCAUGUGGAAAGCCUCAGGAGAGAGUCUAAGAUAAAAGCCUAGGCUGACAGACAAGUGGUUAGAAGGGUACGAGUAGUACUCCGACUGAAGGAACAGGCAAAGCAUUCAUUUUUCCAUAUCGUUUGUAAACAGCAAAAACAAACUUGGUCUUAAGUUCAUGUGAUACAGUAGAAAGACCAGCAGACUAGAUGCCGAGAUCUCUGAGUUCCAGUUUGACCCUGCCUGUAACUUAUUUUGGGAGCACAGAUGUAUCACUGACCACACCUGGGCCCCAAUUUCUUUAUCCGUAUGGCAGCUCUAAAGUUCCAAGGUUCUGUGGUUCGUUCAUGCAGCAGUACUGAACUUGUUAACCAGUUAUCUCUCUGCUGUGAGUUGUCAAGGCUCAUCAUUUCUGGCUUACCUGCACUCAUACAGAGGUCUAGAUGCUUUGAAACUUAAGCAGGUGCAUGGGCUCUUUUAGGCAUAUUAUAGUUACAAUCAACUUUCUAGUUCAGCCGAGAUAUAGAUGGUAGAAACUGAUGAGGGAGAAGAAAAAUAUGUAAUAUGUAUUUAAUGCAUCAUUCUCCAGUAAUCAAAGCAAAGUGACAUAAGUGAUUAGAGAAAUUUUAUAGAAAAUAUUUCCUAGGAGUCCCAUGCCUGAAACUCUUGCCAUAUGGAAGCGGGGAGGGAGGUAUUAGAACUUACAUUUUGAAGACAGAACAUGACAUUGAACACUCAGGGAUUGGCACUAUAUUUUCAUCAUUUAACACAGUUAUUUGGCAGUCCAGAGGCAGGUGACAAUCUGAAUGAUGGUAAUCUGAGAGAUGAAUACUGGGUUGUUUGUGAGAAAGGAGGCUACGUAAAAUUAACUAAAUAGCUCUUGGGUAUGACAGCAACAUUUGUGCUGUAAAUGAAAAAGGUGCACGUGAGUGAGAAAGUUAGUGGUUAUCAUAUAUACUUUCAAAAAUGUUAAAAGAACAAUAAAAACUAAAAUUUGAACUAUACAAGCAAAAGUAUUUAUGGAAAACCCUGGAACACUUAAAAUGGAUUUUUGAUCAAUUUGCAACAUGAAGUAAGGUUUUAGGAAUGCUAAAGUUUUUGCAGAAUUCUGUAGAUGGACAAAUGGUUCAAAGGCACAGAUAUCUCAAGAAUAUGGUGCAUUUUGGAAAGGAAAUCUACACAGAUGGGUUUUACUAAUGGAUACACAUUCUACCAAAAAUGUCAAGGACAGAUGGUAUAAAAGAAAUGGAAUCUUAAGAAUCAAGAAAAUGAAUUGAUAUGAAAGAAAACACUGUCAAAGUAAUUUCAGUGGGAUUUUUCUAUGGAAGAUAGUUAACUGAUGAAAGAAAUAAAUUAUGAACUCUACAAUUAGGGAGUAGUCAGAAGGAAUAAUGCUCUUUAAAAUGGUAUGACCAAUACUUUUAAGUGAAGACAGAAUUAACUGAAUUAAUUGAUUCAUCUUGAUUAAAUUUUUGGUAGAUUGAUCCAGUUUCAAACACAACCUAUUUAAUUUAUGUGUCAAUAAUUUUAUGGUAGCAGCUUUAUUACAUUAAAUAUAAUGCCUAUAUAUGUAUAUGUAUGUUCCCAUUUAAAAUUAAACUUAAAUUGGCUUUAGUUUUAAUACUUGAUUUCCAUAACUUUGCUAAAUGCUGAGAAUUGACUGAAAUAGAGAAGUAUGAUUUUUAUAUCACUUUGGGGAUUCAUAAAAAUGUGUUAUAUCCAAUUAUUAGAACAAUGUGUAACCAUUCAUUAGAUGAUGCAAACCUCAUGCUUUCUAGUAAUAGUAGGAGUAUCUUUGUUUCCCAUUUUACCUGUCUGCCCUACCUAAUUUAAAAAUUUGGAUGACCAAAGAAAUAAAUGAAUAUUUCCCCAUCUUCCUUGGGAAAAUUUAGUUAAAACUAUUAUUGAGAAUAUACAGAUUUGAUGUAUUAUUUUUGGAUGCAUAAUAUUAAUGUCACAAUCACUACAGGUCGGACAUUUAGGUGUGUCACACAGGUUUUUUGACAUGCUGUGCUGAAUAUAAUAGGCUAGCUUUUUCUAAACUGUAAUUGCCUGAUUUAGGAUAAUACAACACAGGGCUGGUGUGACAUUCAAUAUGAGACAGGAUGCAAUAAAUGAUUUGCCUUCAGUAUUAUACAGAAAACCCAUUUAUUCUUUUCUGAUUAUAUUUUAUAGGACUAGAAUAUUUCCACGGGGUGCUAUUCUUAAUUCUCUCUACACCCUGCUGCCACAUGCUGCUUCUGGGCAGAGAAUCCCACUUAAACUAGGCUUUAAUGGGCUAUUCUAAAAAAAGGAUAAUAUGCUUCAUUUUCUUGUCUUUUGAAUGGGGGAUGAGGAUCAAUUCAAUAAAAGAUCAUUUGGAAAAUAUGCAUAGACAUUUUAAAAUGAAACGAAAAGAUUUUUUUCCCAAGACCUAGACCAAAUAAGUUUGAUAGAAGACACUACAGCUAAAGAGACCUUCUGAAUACAGAUAUAUUUUAUAGCUCUCUUGCUUUCUUUUAAGAGCUGGUUGUUACUAAACUACUCAGUGCAAUUCUAAUUAGUAUUAGUAGUAUUUGGAAAUGACAGAGUCAAUGCUGAUUGGAAAACUGAGGAUUUGGCCAUUUUGGGGUCACUUACCUUGCCCAGCAGAAUAGCUUAUGCUUCAAUGUACUCUGAUUUAAAAAGUUUGAGUGCCCAGAUUUGGUUCCUUCAGUCACUCAAACUACAGGACAGAAGGACACAUCUUGUUUUCUGAAUGACUUAAUAAUGAAUGUGAAUCCUCUGGUUCUCCAAAUAAGUGAUUCAACUUUCAUGUCAGUGUCAGCUUUUGUGAAUAGGAAUUUGACUAUAAGACAGCAAAAUCAAUUGGUUAGUCCUUCCUGGGAAAUGCAUUGUGGAUAAAACAUUCAUUUUCAUUCUAAACCUCAGAUGAAUGACAGAACAGCUAUGGACACAUGCCUAGAAAAUAUUCUUGGGAGAAAUUUCUGUGUGGGGCUCAUUUCUUGUGCACAAGAGUGGUACGGGUAAUGCUGAACUCAAAAAGUGAGAUUGUGCUCAUAUCCAAAUAGGGUUUGCUUAGAGUUCCUUUUCUAGGACGGUAUGCAGAAAGGCUGUGUGUAUGUAUAGUACACACACACACACACACACACAUGCACACACACACAAGCAAUUGUAAAACAAGUAACAAAGUUCUAUUCUGCUGUGCUCCUUAAAAACUGAUGGUUCACAUAAGAAAUCCUAAUUGAUAAUUUAAACCAAACAUUUAUCAUUUUAUUUAUUACAGUUUUGCUGCAUGGGAAUUUGCUUUCAUAAGCCUGUAUAGUUUGUCCUAAUUUACUCAUCCGGAGCACAUUUAAUCACAGUUGCAUUUGCACCCAACAACCCUGGUGUGUUUACAUUUCAAAAGAAAUGAAAUUGGCAUGGAAAAAUUUUAGAAGUACUGUAACUUUUCUCCAAUAUUUUUCCCCAAAGGGAAAUAUUUCAAAAAACGAAACAUACGAGUAGGCACUUCAAAAAAAGAUAAAAUAUUUUAUGUUUGUUUUUUGACUGACAUGCUAUAAAAGGAUUAUAUUUGUGAAAGAAGAUACUGAUUGCCAAUAUUUCAAAUACCAUCUUGCAAUGUAUAGUUUUUAGUGAUAUCAUAGUAUAAAUCUGUAAUUUGAACUUUUACUUUGGAAUGUAAAGUAGAAAAUAUUAGCUAUGUCAAUGAUAUCUUGCAAAGU